GCCCAACGUUGUCUUCCUCGACCCUCCAUUCCCUGCAUAAACGGAACCGAAACCAAACAUGCCCGCUUCCGACUCUCCCCAAAUACUGAUCGGUCGCUACCUUCAGUCCAAUGGCUAUUCAAAGUCCCUCGCUGCCUUCCUUGAGGAAACGAACCUCACCGAAGAAAACCUUCAAGCUAAAGACCCAACCACCGCAUUGACCAUUGAGAAGGUUCUCGACGAGAAGAGGCUCUACGACCUCUCGCUUAAGCUUGAGAAGGUUGAGGUUAACGAUGAAGACCCCGACUUUACCCAACCAUAUCCCUCAAUAGCUACCGAGAUAACACCGGCAGAUAUCAAGGCUGCCAACAUCCUUUUUGUCUCUGUCGUUCCAGCCCUUGCGCCCUUUGAUGACCCGGUAAUAAUCUCUACCGCUGCCGACCGCUCACUACGUCUCUACUCCGCACAAGCACCACACGCUCUCUUCCGGGACUUCACAUCGCCCGCCGACUCGGCCAUCCUCUCCGUGACCGUAGUGGAGGACAAAUGGCUUUUGAUAUCGACCAUGACCGGGCGUCUCUCGCUACUCUCCGCUGAUACCGGUGACACCGUUGCCACCAUCCGCCCGCAUGAGAAAUACGCGAUCCGCGUUCUCUACGAAGCACCCUACGUGAUCUCCGCCGCCUAUGACAAAACCCUCUGCCUCCACACGCUCGCCGUGUCCCCCUCAGGGACCCCCUCCUUCUCCUCGUCCCCCUCCAGCAAGCUCACCCUCGCCACGCCCCCGGAGGCGUUAGCGAUGGUUACGCUCCCCGCCACCAAAGCCCGGGCAAUCGUCUUUUCGCGGCGCGACUCGACCUCACUGUACUACCACCUGCUCCAACCGACGCUUCCCUUCCACUCCGAGCGCGCUCUCGCCGCAGAACACUCCUGGAUCUCGUACCACGCGAUGAGCAUCGCCGUGCACCCGAGCAACCCCGCGCUCCUCGCUGUCGCCACAAGCUCCGUGCCGCACAUGAAGUUCUUGCUGGUGGAGGUCGACAGCGACGUCGUGCUGCAGGAGCUGUUUACCGGCGCCCCGCAGAGCGCAUAUUCCACUGCUGUCGUGGCGUGGCGCCCGGACGCCUCCGGCGUCUGGUUGAAUGCUGAUGAGGGCGUUGUGAGAGGGCUCGAGGUCAAAAGGGGGAAGGUCAAGGCUACGUUGAAGGCGUGUGAUGGCGGAGAGAAGGUGCGCACUCUGUGGGCUGGGGAUGUGGACGGGAGGGAAGUGCUCGUUACUGGCGGGUUCGAUAAGGGGCUCAAGGUGUGGACGGUGUAAACGGUGGAGGGAGGGAGGAUUGUCUUGCUUGCUUGGGAAAGUUGAUGGGUCUCAGGGCACUCAUAAAGGGAGCCGAUAGGUAUGCAUUCUGGA